GUGCGAGGUCACCCAGAGCCUCAGGUCACAUGGCUCAGAGAGGGCAGGGCUGUGAUUGGAGGAGAGCGCUGCGUGGUGGAGCGAGGGGGGCGGGGCUACUUCAGCCUGAAGGUGGGCGGAGUCAGAGAGGAGGACGCCGGCCCCUACACCUGCCAGGCGACCAAUCAGGAGGGGAGCAGGCAGGUUACCGUGGAGAUCCUCCUGGAAGAUAUAUCCAUGAAGACGUUCUUCCUCUCGUCCUCAGGGAAAUCAGGGGGUCGCUCCAGUCUUUGGGGGGAAAGUCCUCCGAAGUUCAUCACCAAGCCGAGCCGAUUGGUCGCUAAACUCGGAGAGAGCGGGAAGUUAAUCGCCAAGGCGACGGGACGCCCACCACCCCGCGUCACAUGGUACAAGGGGGAGGCGGAGCUUCAGUCCUGUGGGCGGGUCUUAAUCUACGAGCGUGCUGGCCUCCACUUCCUGGAGAUAAAGGAAGUGAGCGUGGGGGAUGCAGGAAGUUACUCGUGUUUGAUCAGCAACGACGCUGGAAACGCAACCGCCGUGACAUCACUAAACAUAGAGGGUGUUCCUGGAGAGUCGUCCAGCUGCAGCUCAGUUUCCUCCUGGAGGAUCAAACCUCCUGUACAGCUCCCUCUGGAGGCUGUCAGCAGAACUGCAGCCACUCCGGUGCAGCCGGUGUUGAGUCCGGAUCCAGAACGUUCUGUCCGGGACCAAAGGAGCAGCAGGGUGGAGAGGAGGUCCAACCCGAGGCUCGAGGCCCCUCCUCUGGACCAGGAGAGACGUGAAGGGUCACUGCAGGGCCGCAGCAGGUCAAAGGUCACAAAGGUCACGGAGGUCAGAGCCAAUCAGGCGCCUCGAUUCCUCUACCGUCUCGCAGACCUGAAGGUGAUGGACGGCAGCGCGGUGACCAUGACGGUGGAGCUAACCGGUCUCCCCCCCCCUGAGGUGGUCUGGUUCCACGAUGAACAGCAGGUUUCUGAGACGGAGGAUUUCCAUCUCCUUCGUGACGGGACUCUCUGCUCUCUGAUGAUCCAGGAGGUUUUCCCAGAGGACACCGGGAUGUACAGCUGCCGGGCAUCGAACCGGCUCGGAGAGGACCGGACCCAGUGCCGCCUCACCGUGGAGGAGCCCCAGGACGGGGUGCAGCCGUGGUUCAUCACCAAGCCCAAAGCAGUGAGAGCGGUUCAGGGUCAACACGUCCUGCUGUCCUGCGCUGUGGCUGGAGACCCUUUCCCAGGGUGCACCUGGGCCAGAGCCGGACGACCUCUGACCUCCGGGGGCGACUACGAACUGCUGCAGAAAGAGGACGUCAUCUCACUGCUGAUCAGGAGGGUUACAGAUCUUCACGCUGGAGAGUAUGUGAUCACUCUGAGGAACCAGGUUGGGCAGUGCAGCGCUGUGGCCUGUCUGUCUGUCACUGACGGAGAGACAGACAGGUCGACGGGACGAGAGACAGACAGGUCGACGGGACGAGAGACAGACAGGUCGACGGGACGAGAGACAGACAGUGGACGAAGAGGAGGAGGAAGAGGAGGAGGAACAGUGAGAGGAGGAGAGCAGCAGGGCAGCAGAGUCAAUCGGCAGGAGGCCAACGAGCAGCAGAAGAAGAACCUGCAGCAGGAGGAGAAGACGCUCCUGCAGAAGAAGAAGAAGAAGAAGAAGAAAGAGGAGGAGGAGGAGGAGGACCAGAAGCUGCACUUCAGCUCGUUUCUGGGACACGGAGCACUCAAAAACAACCGUGAAGAGGAAGAGGAGGAGGUGAGGGAGGAAGAGCGCAGCCGCCAAAACAUCAUCAUCAUGGACUUCAAGGCUAACCUGAAAGGUGUGAAGAAAGCGGAGGAUCGGAAAGCCGCGGCGCCGCAGGUCGACUUCAGGGCCGUGCUGGGGAAGAAGAGCGGAGCGAAACCAGCCGAGAAAAACGUGGAAGAAGGCAUCAAGAAGACGAGCCCCGAGAAGAACGGGGAGAAGAUGGCGGAGAACAACUGUGUGGACGAGGGUCUGAAGGAGAAGAAGGCGGGGGGGAAGAUGGCUCCUGAGUUCUUGGAGAAGCUUUGUGACGUGACGGUGAUCGACGGACAGAUCCUCCGUCUGCAGUGCCGUCUGAACGCCUCGGAUCCUCCGUCUGUCACCUGGACGCUGGACGGGAAGACCAUCAAACCCUCCAAGUUCAUCGUGCUCGCCAACGAAGGCGGCCUGUGCUCCCUGACUAUAGGGAAAGCUCUUCCUGAGGAUGAAGGAGAAUAUAAAUGCAGAGCGGAGAACUCAGCGGGGAAAUCUGAGAGCUGCUGCAUGGUGCUGGUGGACGAUCCGACAGAAAACUCCAUCUCCGAUAAAAAGAAGACGAAGGCUCCGACCUCCGAGAGUGAGUUUCCAAAAUAUGCAGCUGCAGCUUCUUUCCUUUUGUCCCAAUAAGGAGCUGCAGAUCACUGGUUCCCACACACACACACAGACACACAGACACACACACACACACACACACACAUUUCUAUUUUAAAGCGUCUGUUUGUAUCACUGGAACCAUCACUGUCAGAUUAUUACUCAGCACUCUUUACAUUUCCCAUCAGCCUUGAUGCUUCCUGAAUGUUUUUGAAUUCUUCAGGAGAGUUAAUGUUAGCAGCUAGCAGCUAGCAGUUAGCAGUUAGCAGUUAGCAGCCAGGUUCCUGUGGUGUUUCUGUGUUGGUCCCUGAAGGCAUCAUCUCUCUGAUCCAAUGGGAUUCCUCUGUGUGAUUUUGGAUAUGUCAGAAAAUAAUCUCUGUGUCAAACAAACAUUUAUAAUCUCCACAUAUUAACACCACUUUAUGAUUUCUGAAAUAAAAAGCUAAUGUUGGGCUUUAAAGGAACU